AUGUCCUCUGUCGACAGAAUGGACGAGGAAUCAUCAGAGCCGGCCGUCUCUGAGAAAAAUGAGAAGGACAACGUGCCGGUCACUGUGGACAAUGUCGAUGAAAAAGUGCACGGCCUAGCCGAGAAACUUGUGGGCAGUGGUGAUGAAAUGGCACCGAUUGAAGAUAUCGAGUACGUGAUGGACAAGGUCAACACUUUGACCAUUGACGAGUGCAAAGAUAUCCUCACAAGACUUCUCAAGCACCAUGAGUAUGACUAUAACCUCUCUAACGCCGUGAGAGAUAAGCUUUCUCGCCUGCUUGAGGGACCUUCUGAGGGGCAAGAUCUGGAGGAAUGGGAGCUGCAGCUGAAGACCGAGACUGCGUUGAAUCACUUUUACUCGCCAUACCCUGAGGUGCGAGCCGUUUCUACACCCACGGAUGAUCCGAACAUUCCUUGCGAGACCAUUCGCGCUCACUUGCUCGGCUACAUGUGGGCCGUUAUUGCUCAAUUCACCAACUCUCUUUUCAAUUCGCGUUAUCCUACCAUCACUCUAUCAUCUGCUGUGGCGCAAAUCCUACUAUAUCCAUGUGGUCUAUUUCUUGCAAUGGUUCUUCCGGACUGGGGCUUCAAUUUGGGCGGCAAGAGAGUUUCUCUCAAUCCUGGUCCCUGGACGUACAAAGAACAGGUUCUUUCGACCAUCAUCAUCGACGUUGGUCUGACUUCUGCCUAUUGCUUCUGGAACAUUCAGACUCAGACCGUCUACUACAAGGACACAUGGCUUACUCCGGGAUACGAAAUUCUACUCUUGCUGUCAACCCAGCUCAUGGGACUUGGGUUUUCCGGAUUACUUCGUCGCUUCGUGGUUUACCCAAUCGAAGCCAUUUGGCCCAACAUCUUGCCUACUUUGGCCCUGAACAGAGCGCUACUGGUCCCCGAGAAGAAGGAAGUCAUUCAUGGGUGGAGUAUCUCCCGGUAUAAAUUCUUCUUCUUGGUCUUUUCCAGCAUGUUCGUCUACUUUUGGUUCCCAGACUACAUUUUCCAAGCUCUGAGCUACUUCGGAUGGAUGACCUGGAUCGCACCAAACAACUUCAACUUGAACAUGAUAACAGGCUCCAUUAACGGCCUCGGGUUCAAUCCCAUUUCGUCGUUCGAUUGGAAUGUCAUCUCCGUCUAUUCAUACCCGCUCACCUAUCCGUUCUUUUCAUACACCCAGCAGUUCAUGGGCACAUUUUUGGGUGGUUUGAUUAUCAUCGCAUUGUACUGGUCCAACACCAACUGGGCAGCCUAUCUCCCCAUCAACUCGUCUGGUAUAUUCGACAACACUGGCAACUCUUAUAACAUUACAAAAGUGAUGAAUACCCGCACCGGAACUCUCAAUGAAGAUGCCUACAAAGCAUACUCUCCUGCGUUCUACAGCGCGGGAAAUUUACUCUUGUAUGGCGCAUUCUUUGCUUUCUACCCACUUACGAUGGUUUUCAUUCUCCUGGAUUCCUGGAGACCACUUCUCAGAGCUUAUAAGUCCGUGUCGAGGGCUGCUAUCUCAUCCCUUAGGACCCUCAUUCUCGGCGUUAAGAAUGCAACCAAAUCUCUUGUCAAGGGCAAUGUGCGUGAGGCAGGUCGACAUUUGUCCAACGCUUUCAAUGCGGACGGCUCGAUUUAUGACGAUUUUGACGACCCAUUCACUAAGCUGAUGCGCAAUUAUCCUGAAGUUCCUGACUGGUGGUUCUUGAUUAUCGCUCUGAUCGCUUUCAUCUUCUCCAUAAUUAUUUGUACAAACUGGCCUGAGCUUGGGGCUCCUGUCUGGACUAUCUUUUUUGUGAUUGGUCUCAAUUUGGUAUUCCUGAUCCCGAUGUCGUACCUCUACGCAAUCUCGGGUACAACGGAAGGGUUGAACGUCGUUACAGAGCUCAUCGUUGGAUAUGCUCUGCCUGGACACCCGGAAGCAUUGAUGUUCGUGAAGGCUUUCGGAUACAAUAUCGCCGGCCAAGCGGAUAACUACAUUUCUGAUCAAAAAAUGGGUUUCUAUGCCAAAGUGCCUCCCCGAGCCAUGUACCGUGGUCAAGUAAUGAGCGCUAUCAUUACGGCCCUUGUCGCCUAUGGUGUUGUGCAAUUCGCCGAUAACGACAUUCCGGGAAUUUGUACUGCGGACCAGGCUUCCUCAUUCAAUUGUGAAAAUGGCUCAGAAGUUUACUAUUCAUCAUCGGUUAUCUGGGGUGCUAUUGGUCCGAAGAGAAUCUUCGGCCAGAUCUAUCCAACUAUGAAAUAUACUUUCCUGCUGGGAUUCCUCCUUGCGAUUGUGUGGUGGGUCACUAAACGAUUUGGAUCGCAUGUCCGGGCCGCGUGCAAGUCUAAAUUGCCUGCCGCUAUUUUCACCCCGAUCAAUGUGUUGAUUUUCACACCAAUUUCGUGGCUCAAGCACGUCCAUCCAUCACUCGUCUUCAAUGGAUUCUUGUGGUGGGCCCCCAUCAACCUUACUUACUUCUGGGGCGGUCUCUACUUUUCUGCUGCUUUCAUGUUCUACCUCCGGAGGUACAAGACUACAUGGUGGGAAAAGUAUAACUAUGUCCUCUCGGCGGCUCUCACUGGCGGUGUCGCAUUCUCCGGCAUUAUUAUCUUCUUCGCCGUACAGUAUCAUCCGAAAGCGAUUAGCUGGUGGGGUAACAACGUGCUUGACGCGACGCUCGACGGCGGUUCUGGCCAGCUGGCUUUAAUUACCGAACUGCCUGCGAAGGGAUACUUCGGUCCCGACACAUGGUCCUAG